AUGGUUUUCCGACAGUGCUGCAAAGUGGUCCAAGUUCCUCAGGGUUUCUCUGGAGAGAUGGCUCAAGCACCACUGGAAGUUGACCGCAAUUCCAGAAAAAGCGUUCCGAAUACUGGAAAAGUACCAACUAUCCAUCUAACAAGAAGGGUUCCGAAGGGUUUACCGACACCGGGAGGGCCACCAGUGGGUUGUCUCUCCUCUGUACUACCCUUAGGCCAGAGACCAGGUGGGAGGGCGAUACCUGUAGGGAAGGAGCCCCUCCUUGAACAGGGGCCUCCCGCCGGCGUGGACCUACCUGCCACCGAGCCGCCGGAGCACGGUGGUGACAGUGGAUUGGAUGGGUUAGGAGGACCAGGAGUACAACUUGGAAGCCCUGAUAAGAAAAAGCGCAAAGCAAAUACACAGGGAUCAUCAUUUCCUCCUCCAUCUGAAUAUGCUCCACCGCCGAAUCCAAGCUCUGACCACCUUGUAGCUGCAAAUCCAUUUGAUGACAACUAUAACACUGUGUCUUAUAAACCACUUCCUUCAGGAAAUCCAUAUUUCAGUAAUCCUGGUUAUCCUGGCUUUGGAGGCUAUAACACUUUCAGAAUGCCACCUCACAUGCUGCCCAGAGUCACCUCGCCAUAUGGUGGUUCUUACUCCCUCAGAAACCAACCACAUCCCCUUCCUCAAAACCCUGUGGGAAUGGGUUUUAGUCGACCCCACUCUUUCAGCUUUGGUCCACAUGAUAACCCAGGUUUUGGGAAUCAACCACCUUAUAGUAGUGGUCAGAUAAAUCAAAAUGUCAAUAUGCCUGGUCAGCAUUUCAGACCAAAUCCUGGUGAGAACUUUGGUCAUUCUGGUCAGAUACCUCACCCUGACGUGCCGUCUAACUUUGGUCCUGGAAGCAAUCCAAAUUUCCCAAAUUCUCAGCUAGAGUCAAACCAUUCUUUUGUUCCUCCACCAAACACGUACAACCAGACAAAAUCAUCAGCACAAAAGCAAGACUUUAGUCAAGGUGGAAACAAAGCAUCCAGCCAGAACACUGCUGUUCAUCAGCAUCAUCACAGGACAGAGGACAUUGUGAGUCAAGGUAACAGUGACCUAAAAAAUGUUACUCGAAACAAUGUGGUAAAUCAGGAUAAUAGCCAUUCUAAUAGUGCUGAUAACACUAAUGCUAGUCAUUCAAAUGGGACUCAGAGUAAGUCCCGCCAGCCUCGAGGUACUGCUGAAGGAUGCAACUCUGAAAAGAGCAGCAAAACACCCCUUCAUCCCAGUCGUCAUGGUCACUCGUCCUCUGAACCGGUCUAUCCAUGUGGAAUUUGUACACAUGAAGUUAAUGAUGACCAGGAUGCCAUCCUGUGUGAAGCCUCUUGUCAAAAAUGGUUUCAUCGUAUCUGUACAGGCAUGACUGAGUCAGCUUAUGGCCUUCUUACAGCAGAAGCAUCAGCAGUAUGGGGUUGUGAUACUUGCAUGGCUGACAAAGAUGUCCAGUUAAUGCGUACAAGAGAGACUGCAGGACCACCUGCUUUGAAUACGGAUGGCUAACAAAGUGAGUUGGUGGUAGUGGUUGAAAUACUUGCUAUGAAGAUUUGGUUACAAAUUGGGUACUUCACUUUCUGCAGACAAUCAGUUGUGUUUGAUUGCUGUCAUCUUUUUUUCGCUAAUCUGUUUUCAUUCAUAAACUUCCAUCUCAGCUUUUGUACUCUUGGUUUUAUGUGUGCAAAUGUUUUACAGGAUGGAAUAUUUUUUUGUUUCUGAUUAAACUGUAAAACAUAACUGACAAUUUAUUAGAAGUAGGAUGUGCAUUGACAAUUUUACUGAAGGCAAAAAUGUGCCCGUAUGAAUAGCCCCAAAUUUGCUAGUGUUAAUGUGUUAACUAACACUAGCAUUUAGUGCUUGGUUUUAAUGGUACUAUAUUUGCAAGUACUCAUUACAUUUUAUUUCUUUGAAUAUAGUGGUGAUGACAUGGAGGAAUUUGCAGUACUAAUAGUUUUUAUUUUAGGGUAAAUACAGAGAAUUUCAUAUCUGCUUUUUCCUAUUUUUGAAGUAAAGCAUUAACACACUAUUCAAAAAUUGAUGACUUCAUGCUUAGUAACACAAUGAAACCUGCAACUCUUACACAUAUAUAUUUCCUUGAAAAGGCAAUGAUCUCUUUUGACUUCUCAGCAAAUACUUACUUGCUGAAGACUCUUGCUAGGUCUUGCAGUAUUUGGAUAUAGUUACAAAAUAUGAUUACAUUGGAAAAAGAACACA